AUGCCUGCUCCCAUCGAGAUAAUAGAUCCGUUAGCCGUGGUGCGUGAUCUCCACGACGACGAGAAGCUGGUUGUCGACGACUUCGAGCGUCACGCCGGCCACUGCAGCCCCUGCUCCCAUGCUGUUCAGACACACAAGGAUGGACAUGCACUGUGUGAGUCGGGCAACACCCGCGCUCGCACUCUCCGCAACUACCUCUACAGCCAAAGCGGAAAGCACUACUCUUCCGUGGACUUGGAGAGUGGCAAGUCAACUCGAGUGAAGCUGCCCCGGGAUGCCUACGCUACUCGUGAGCUUCUCACAGCUAUCGAGCAAGGCAUGCACAUCCGCGAGAAGGCUGUCGUCAUCCAGAAGCCUACCAAGCCCGCGCAAUCCAUUCAGCAUGGCAAGUCCUUGAGCUAUGACCAGACCUACAACGUCCCAGCUCGCAAGGUCAGCGGCAAGCAGGUUCGCCCUCGCUCCAUGUCCCCCGAGGCUUACCAGGUCAUCGAGAGGUCCCCUCGUCUUUCUGGCUCUCCCACUUCCAUCGUGUACCGCUCACCUGGUGGCUCUGGCUCUCCCGAACGCCCAUCCUCCAGCCGCGGGUCCUUGUACAGCGUCGACCAAUUGGAGCGUGUGGGACGUCACUCUGAGACUCGCCGGUACGUCGAUCGUUUCCCCAAGCACAGGUGA